AUGUGGGAAAUUAUAAUUCUUUUAAUAUUAUCUGCGAUAGCCUUCUUUAUAACAGAUGAAUUAAUACCUAAUCUUACAGACCUGUUUGUUAAAGCCGGUCUGUUUGGAAUAGAUUUGUGUAAAACUAGUAAGAAGAAAAUUCCAGAAGCUGUAGGUGUCAUAUCUGGAUGUGUCUUUUUAAUAACAAGCUUUUUAUUUAUACCCGUUGUUUUUGGCAAUGGCUUAAUGGACACGCAACACUUUCCUCACAAUGAAUUUGCUGAAGUACUGGCUGGAUUGUUGUCGAUCUGUUGCAUGCUGCUCCUUGGCUUUGCUGAUGAUGUUUUAGACUUGCGAUGGAGAUACAAACUGUUACUGCCAACAGUGGCAUCACUACCUUUGCUUGUAGUGUAUUAUGUCAACUUUAACUCUACUACUUUUGUGGUUCCAAUUCCACUGAGACAAUGGUUGGGAGUUUCCAUCAAUAUCGGUGUACUCUAUUAUGUCUAUAUGGGAAUGUUGGCUGUUUUCUGUACGAAUGCUAUAAAUAUACUGGCUGGUGUCAAUGGGCUUGAAGUUGGGCAGUCUGUAGUUAUAGCAUUAUCAAUAAUUCUUUUUGAUAUAAUUGAACUGAAAGGAGAUCAGUUUAAAGCUCACACAUUCUCUUUACAUAUAAUGAUUCCUUACCUGGCUACAACAUUAGCAUUGUUAAAACAUAAUUGGUAUCCUUCCAAGGUGUUUGUAGGAGAUACAUUUUGCUAUGUUUCUGGAAUGACAUUUGCAGUUGUAGCUAUAUUAAGUCACUUUAGUAAGACAGUUUUACUGUUUUUCUUGCCACAAAUUAUAAACUUUCUAUACUCUGUGCCUCAACUAUUCCACAUUAUUCCAUGCCCAAGGCAUCGUUUACCAAAAUAUAGUGAGGAGACUGAUUUACUUCAUGCAAGCAGAACAAUAAUAGUAAAAAAAGAAAUGACUGCACUAACUAAAUUAAUACUUCGUGUCUUAACUAUGUUACAUCUUAUCGAUAAGAUUGAAGAUGAAGAAAGUAUAACUAUAAACAAUAUGACACUUAUAAAUUUAUUUUUAAUAAAAUUAGGGCCAAUACCUGAAGUACAAUUAACCAAAAAGCUUAUGAUGUUUCAAGGUUUUUGUACAGGUGUAGCUUUCAUUAUAAGAUAUCCAUUAGCAUCAUAUUUUUAUGAUAGUUAA